ACACCAAUAAACAAUAGCAGUCACUCUCACUCAUCCCUUCUCUCUCUAUCUGUGUUUUUCUCUCUGCAGAAUUUCCCAAAUUUCUCCUCUAUCCUAUCUCCUCUGCUCCUGAAACACGCACAUUCAUCAUCAGCAAUGCACGAUCUUCCGUACGAAUGCAAUUUCGAUAUUUGAUUUGAGUAAUUUCUUUUCAGCGGCUGAAUUGGAAAUGCUUGAAACAAUGGAAAGUUCCGUCAAUGGUGGCUUCUCCCAGUUGCAGAGCUGUGGAGAUAGCAGCGAAGAGGAGCUCUCUGUGCUCCCUCGUCAUACCAAGGUGGUUGUAACCGGAAAUAACCGUACCAAAUCGGUGCUCGUUGGUCUUCAAGGUGUGGUUAAGAAGGCCGUUGGUCUAGGAGGGUGGCAUUGGCUGGUUCUUACAAAUGGUAUUGAAGUUAAGCUACAGAGGAAUGCUCUCAGUGUGAUUGAAGCACCCACCGGUAAUGAGGAAGAUGAUGACCUCGAAUUUGAAAAUGUGCAGUGGAAUGGAUCAGAUAUGGUGUUCUAUUUCUCAGCAUCGGACGACACACAGAAGUCGCACAAAUCGAGGCACAGAAUGCAUAGAUCAUUGGGAUCAUCUCACAAGACCAUGAGUAGGUCCUUCUCUGGUGAUUCACAGUCUAAGGGAUCCGUUUCUAUGCCUAAUGGGUCCACGAAGGUUGACUUGAGCAAACUUGAAAUGGCUGCAUUGUGGAGAUAUUGGCGACAUUUCAAUCUAGUGGAUGCCAUCCCAAACCCAUCAAAAGAGCAGCUAGUAGCUGUUGUUCAGAGGCAUUUCAUGUCGCAGCAAAUGGACGAGUUGCAGGUCAUUGUGGGAUUUGUCCAAGCUGCAAAGAGGCUCAAGACUGUGUGCAAAUGACAUGGAGCGAAGCGACGAAGGAUGAUGAUUAUGUUUUUUAAGUUAUAUUGUCUAUGCUAACCGAGAUAAUGUAUGUAAUAUCCACUUCCCGUCGUAUUGUGUAACAUAUUUAUCGUUGAAUUGUAUCUUUCGGAUAUAGUAGUAGGCUAGUAGUAUGAGGUUAUAGAGGUUCUUACUCUCUUGUAGCCACCCAGUUAUGUAGAUAUAUAUAUGUGACCUUGCAGCUGGAUCGUUAGGGAAGUCUCCAUGGCUUUCUUUUCUUAGCUUGAUUCAAUGUAUUGCUGACAUGGGAAGUGGUUUUUUAGAGACCUUAAUGUAUAUAUUUUAAU